AUGUCGUAUGAAUAUGCGGCUGUUGCUAUGGGUGAAGAAGGUGACAUGGUUCUUUGCUUGACAUUGCUCUGUUUUUUGCAAGUUGUAGCAGGGAAAGGCCAUGAAGUAUAUCAGCUUGAAGGUGAUAAGAAAGAGUUCUAUGAUGACCGAGAGGAAUGCCAGGAAGCAUUACAAUAUGUCGAUGAGCUUCACCAAGCUGGAAUAGACACAUGCGAGUUCCCAUGGCGGUUGCCAGAGAGUCAUUAA